CAGGCCCGACUCGCAAUGGAGGACAGCGACCACGAAUUUCCGUCUUCAUCUGACGAGCGCGACUGCUGUCCCGUCCCCCCGAAUCCCAGCGGGGACCGACCCGCCGACCAGGAUCAGGACAAGGAAUACGUCGGUUUUGCGACACUCCCCAACCAGGUGCACCGCAAAUCAGUCAAGAAAGGAUUUGACUUCACACUGAUGGUGGCAGGCGAGUCUGGCCUUGGAAAAUCCACCCUGGUCAACAGUCUUUUCCUGACAGAUCUCUACAAAGACCGCAAGCUGCUCAAUGCCGAAGAGCGAAUCACGCAAACGGUCGAAAUCACCAAGCACACCGUGGACAUAGAAGAGAAAGGCGUCAAACUGAAGCUGACCAUCGUGGACACUCCGGGCUUUGGCGACGCCGUCAACAACGCAGAAUGCUGGAAGCCGGUGGCCGACUACAUCGACCAGCAGUUUGAGCAGUACUUCAGGGAUGAGAGCGGCCUCAAUCGCAAAAACAUCCAGGACAACCGCGUGCACUGCUGCGUCUACUUCAUCUCCCCCUUCGGGCACGGCCUUCGGCCGCUGGAUGUGGAAUUCAUGAAAGCCCUGCACGAGAAGGUCAACAUCGUCCCGGUGUUGGCCAAAGCGGACACGCUCACCCCGGGCGAGGUCAAGAAGAAGAAAAUGAAGAUCAGAGAGGAGAUCGAGCUCUACGGCAUUAAGAUCUACCAGUUCCCCGACUGCGACUCUGACGAGGACGACGACUUCAAGCAGCAGGACCACGAGCUGAAGGAAAGCAUUCCGUUCGCCGUCAUCGGCAGCAACACAGUGGUGGAAGCCAAAGGAAAGCGGGUGCGGGGUCGUCUGUACCCUUGGGGGAUUGUAGAAGUCGAGAACGGCGCGCACUGUGACUUUGUGAAGUUGAGGAACAUGCUGGUUCGGACUCACAUGCAGGACCUGAAGGACGUGACCCGGGAGACCCACUACGAGAACUACCGAGCCCACUGCAUCCAGAGCAUGACCCGCAUGGUGGUGAAGGAGCGCAACCGGAAUAAGCUGACCAGGGAGAGCGGCACCGACUUCCCCAUCCCCGCCGUCAGCGACGACGCCGCCGCCGACAGCCAGACGGAGAAGCUGAUCCGGGAGAAAGACGAGGAGUUGCGGCGCAUGCAGGAGAUGCUGCAGAGGAUUCAGGACCAAAUGCGCACCAAGCGGGACGACUACUGACACAGCGCACGUGUGGCCCUUUGUUGAACUUUCACCUCACCUUCCCGUCCCGUCCCUUUGACCUAUGACCUCAUCAACCUCAUCGGCGCCCAUCACGACAAGGACACGACAGGACAAGGUAAGAAAAGCUCCGCUCUGUAAAUAGGAUUGAAGACGACAAUGAGAGACGCUCGACCCCCCCCCCCCAAAAAAAAAAGCCGAAAUUCUCUUGAAUUUGUCAAAUGUUACUUUCAGGUCAUGUUUUUCUUCAUGGUGCGGGUUAAUUUUUUUUCAUUUUUUAUUUUUCACUAUAGGUCAACAUGACUGUAUAAAGUAUUUUUUUUUUAAUAUGUACGACACCCACAAUUUUUUUUUGUCAGAUGUUCUCUCGACAAUUAUUUCGCGACACUGAUGUCGAAACUGCAAAUUUUGAAUGAAGAUUGUUUGAUUUGAUUUCACGUUGAAAAUGCCGCCAUGUUGUGUUCGUGGUACCGUUUGCAGGCCCAUCUCAAUAAUUUUUUUUUUUUUCGGGAGAUUAUUUGAAAAGGUGAGCAGACAGCCCAUAACUAAUUUCUGUUAAAUUUUGCUUAUGUGAUUGGAUGUCUUGAAUUUAGGCUAAUCAAAAUGAUUUGUGGAAUGAAUUUAAGUUGAACUUCAUGAAUUGAAGGUACUAAAAAUGAGUUUCAAAUUUAUUGAGAUGCAUCAACAUAUCAGAAAAACUAACUGCCGCAUCUUUUUUUUUUUUUUUUUUUUUUUUAAUUCCACCGGAUCAAAAAUACUUUUUGUACCUCCUUGUCAAGAGUUGAAAGGCCAAACGCGUUAAUUAGUUUACAACGAGUCGACGGUCGCUCGCGCUUGUCGGAGCCGCACCAAGUUGGCGCUGUUUCUUUGCGUUUGUUGUCAAAGUUAUGAAUGCGAUGUUAUUUAUGGACAUUGAAAGAAAAGUUGAACUCAGUACGGUUAAACAUGAGAACGGCGAUGGACUUUAUUUUUUUUUUUUUUUGUAAUAAACAAUUUUAGGUGCGCUGUAAAGAUGAAUAACACCCAUUCGAAGUCAGUGAUCUUCCUUAGCAAAUAUUUUUGGAGCUAACAUUUUUGAUUAUCUAAACGUGAUUACAAAACCUCAUUUGUAAUUCAACAGUCAGCUUUUUAGUUUUUUGGUUGUAAUGUUUAUUUUAUACUUUUGAGUGUGUUAUAAAUUGGAUGGAUGGCAGGAAAAUAAUUCUGCUAAUAAAAUCACAAUUCUAACUUCA